AUGGACCUUUCAAAGUAUUUUUAUAAAAAUGCUCCGCACAUAAAGGCAAAAUCGCUAUAUUCGCACAAAAGGAACAGGUAUUAUUUCUUAAAGACCUCCGAUAAGGAUCUCAUUGUGACCAGCUUGGAAUAUGAUAUUUGGAGUACGAAACCGUACAAUGAGAAGAGGCUGGCUAAGGACUAUGAAGAUAAAUAUAACGUAGUACUGAUAAUAUCAUCGGGCGAAGCGCUCCUGGGAUACGCCCUGAUGAAGUCGAAGCCAGGAGGAGCCUCAAAGAGCAGAAGUAAGUUCCCGAGUGUUAAGUUUGACGGGCACCUGUUUGACAUCGGAUGGAUAAGGUGCCUGGAGUUGAGCGCAAAAGAGUACUCGCACCUCAACAACAAGUACAACAACGACAGGUCAAUAGCCUCCAGCAAAAAUGGAGAUGAAAUAGACAGAGAGAACGGAUAUGAGUUGUGCAGGCUGUUUGAAAAGAGGUUUGUAAAACUACUCAAAAGCCACACGCCGACGCUGAGUCAUCAGGGGUUACCAACGACCAUGAUUCCACCACUUCCGGUCAUGGCGACGAGGCCGGGUAAACUAGGCAUGGCGCCGAUACCAGGAAUGCCAAACGUGCUUCCUGAGAUCCCGUCAAACUUCAUUCUCUCCAAAAACCAUAUCGAAAGUAUGAUGAAAAUGAACAACAGGAGCAUCCACGACAUCACGAAGAUGCAGAGGACGCUGAAGGGCGCGAGCGUGUACUCCCUUGACAUGGCAGCUGAGUUUAACCCAGCACUGAUAAUAUUCCCAGUGGACCUGUCUAACAUGUCAUACGAUACAUAUAUAUCUAUAUAUAACUGUUCACACGAAUACUGGCUUAAAAUGCCCGAAGACUUUGACUUCCUGACGCUGACGAGUUUUAAAACAUAG